UAUCUGAGAAGGUGUGAAGUUUAAUAACUGAAACAAACUUACUUAAUUUUUAGUGUUCUGACCAACUGUAAUUCUAAAGUGACAGGAAAACUUAGAAGUCAAAGAUGUAGCAUUUUGCUCACAUAAUUUAUAUUUAAAGGUUCUCUAUGUCCAUGGUCUUAUGCUAUGUUUUUUCUGUGAAAAUUAAAUUCUUUAAAGUCCUGGCUAUGGCAGAUCUCAUGCACUGCUACUAGUGCAUCUACUAGACAUUAUCUGGUUGACAAAGCUACUCUGGUAGCCUGCAGAUACCACAGCUAUGCAGAAAUCCAUUCACUACUUGUAGCCUAUUCCUUCUUCCUCUACCAGUUGCUUAUUUACCUGCUUGCAGUCCUCACAAUUUAUUUUUCAGCCUGAUCUGUGCUGACAGACAUUGUGGUGACAGGCAUUAUUUGCAAGCUCUCAGAAACAGUUUGCUGAAGUGAACAUGAACAGUGUGUUGGAUCAGGCUCUAAACUUCUACACUGUCACCUGCAGAUGGCAAAGGCUGGCUUUGUCCACUGUCCAAAUGCAAAUGAACCAGAUGUGGCAAAAUGUUUCUUUUGCUUGAUAGAACUGGAGGGCUGGGAACCGAAUGAUGACCCAUGGGAGGAACACUCUAAACGUCACAGCUGUGGCUUUUUAUCCCUUACCAAGCACUUUGAUGACCUGACAAUGGAGGAGUACUACAUGCUGGAGAUGACACGGCUGAGAACCUUCCUUUUAACAGUGACAAAAGUGGUUCAAUGGACUGGCACAAAUGGACAGUAUUAUCUGAACAUGGAAGUGGUUAUGGUCAGAUGUGGUGCAAGUAGGAAAGAAGGAUAACAUUUUUAAUUGUCCAGAUGG